AUGAACUCUCGGCACCCGUCUAGCUUACCCAGACGUGCCGUUGUGUUGGUUUCGUGGACCAACGCAUACUCGAAGCCGUCUGCACUAAACGUGAACGGGACGCGUCAUCAGGCGCUUACCGUCGACGUUUGCGGCCAUUGCAGACGACGACACAACGUCGCUUCCUUCCCUCACACCGCCACCAUCUCCAUCAGCGGCUCACCCUCACUCAUCCUCGUCCUCACCCGCACCCGCGUUCCUUUACCGGUCGACAUGACCCUCGGCACCUCGACGACGUCUCUUCCGAAUCAGAGCGAGGAAGCGUUCCCGGUCUCCCUCGCUCUUCAACUUUCCGGUGGUGGUCUCGGACAGGAAAAUAGGAAAGACACGUCUGCAGAACCCACCACACGUCGCCGGGUGUCUAUUCGUGCCAGAGCGAGCAAGCGUCGCUCGCUCUCACCCUCACCUUUCGAACCAGAGCGCGCUACUCGAUCGUCCUCGACUGCCGUACCCGCCGUCCCGAGACUACAAGGAAAUAUGAGAGUAGCCUCCACAUGGGCUUUAGUAGAAGGCAAGAUGCUAGUCGUGAACCCUAACGACUCCAACUCCCUCUACUCCCUCGACCUCGAGCGCGGUAAGAUUGUAGAGCAGUGGAAAUCAUGCGAUAACCCCUCCGUGAGCGCGAUCGCCCCAAACAAUGAACUGGCGCAAAUGACGGCAGGCAGAGUACACCCUCGUCACACCCUCGUAGGAACCUCGCACAACUCCCUCUUCCGGAUCGACCCCCGCGUGUCGAGGAACAAACUUGUGCGGAACUCGUUCAAGCAGCAAUUCUUGAAGAACAAGUUCACCGGCGUGACGACAACGGGCUCGAGCAAGCUCGUCGUGACUGAGAAGGGCAACAUCCGGCUAGCCGACGUGAUCAGGAAGAAUGCGAAGACGGCGCUGCCGCUACUAAGCUAG